GGCGAGCUCAGCAUGUCCGGCGGUGGAGCGCGGCAGCUAGGACGCCAGGCUGCUCGUCCUGGCUUUGCCCGGAUUUGCUGUGUGACUGGCACGUCAUCCCCCUUCCUGAGCCUUCUUCCCUCAUCUGUAAAAUGGGAGUGAUAAUAACCCGAUCUGUGAAGCGUGGACGUUAAGUUGGGCUUCUCUGAGCUAAGGUUCUUGAUUCCUCGGUUUGGUCCGAGGGUUGUAAACUUUAAUGCUUAGUCGGUAGGCAACAAAUAAUGGCGGCAGCUACAGGGGAUCCUGGACUCUUCAAAUUGCAGUUUGCCCCCUUUAACAGUGCCUUGGAUGUUGGAUUUUGGCAUGAGUUGACCCAGAAGAAGUUGAAUGAGUAUCGGCUAGAUGAAGCUCCCAAGGACAUUAAGGGUUAUUACUACAAUGGUGAUUCUGCCGGGCUUCCAGCUCGCUUAACAUUGGAGUUCAGUGCUUUUGACAUGAGUGCUCCCACCCCAGCCCAUUGCUGCCCGGCUGUUGGAACACUGUAUAACACCAACACACUCGAGGCUUUCAAGGCUGCAGAUAAGAAGCUACUUUUGGAACAAGCAGCAAAUGAGAUAUGGGAAUCCAUAAAAUCAGGCACUGCUCUUGAAAACCCUGUUCUCCUCAACAAAUUCCUCCUCUUGACAUUUGCAGAUCUGAAGAAGUACCACUUCUACUACUGGUUUUGCUCUCCCGCUCUCUGCCUUCCUGAGAGUAUACCCCUCAUUCAGGCACCAGUGGGCUUGGAUCAAAGGUUUUCACCAAAACAGAUUCAAUCCCUUGAGUACGCAUAUGAUGAUCUUUGUCAAGCUGAAGGCGUUCCAGCGCUACCUUACUUCUUAAUCAAGUAUAAUGAGAACACGGUGCUGGUUUCCUUGCUUAAACACUACAGUGAUUUCUUCCAAGAUCAAAGGACAAAGAUAACAGUUGGUGUAUACGAUCCCUGUAACUUAGCCCAAUACCCUGGAUGGCCUUUGAGGAAUUUUUUGGUCCUAGCAGCCCACAGAUGGAGGAGGAGUUUCCAGUCUGUUGAAGUCCUCUGCUUCCGGGACCGCACCAUGCAGGGGGUUAGAGACAUCACCCACAGCAUCAUCUUUGAAGUAAAGCUUCCAGAAAUGGCAUUUAGCCCAGAUUGUCCCAAAGCAGUUGGAUGGGAAAAGAACCAGAAAGGAGGCAUGGGACCGAGGAUGGUGAACCUCAGUGAAUGCAUGGACCCUAAAAGGUUAGCUGAGUCAUCAGUGGAUCUAAAUCUCAAAUUGAUGUGUUGGAGAUUGGUGCCUACUUUGGAUUUAGACAAAGUUGUGUCUGCCAAAUGUUUGCUGCUUGGAGCCGGCACCUUGGGUUGUAAUGUAGCUAGGACACUGAUGGGAUGGGGCGUCAGACACAUCACAUUUGUGGACAAUGCGAAGAUCUCCUACUCCAAUCCUGUGAGGCAGCCUCUCUAUGAAUUUGAAGAUUGCCUAACAGGUGGCAAGUCCAAGGCCCUGGCUGCAGCAGACCGGCUCCAGAGAAUAUUCCCCGGAGUGAAUGCCAGAGGGUUCAACAUGAGCAUCCCCAUGCCUGGACAUCCAGUGAACUUCUCCAGCGUGACCCUGGAGCAAGCCCGCAGGGAUGUGGAGCAACUGGAGCAGCUCAUCGAAAGCCAUGAUGUUGUCUUUCUGUUGAUGGACACCAGGGAGAGCCGGUGGCUUCCUGCUGUCAUUGCUGCGAGCAAGAGAAAGCUGGUCAUCAAUGCUGCCUUGGGCUUUGACACAUUUGUUGUCAUGAGACAUGGCCUGAAGAAACCUAAGCAUCAGGGUGCCGGGGACUUGUGUCCCAGCCACCCUGUGGCACCUACUGAUCUGGGCUCGUCGCUUUUUGCCAACAUCCCUGGCUACAAACUUGGCUGCUAUUUCUGCAAUGAUGUGGUGGCCCCAGGAGAUUCAACCAGAGACCGGACCUUGGACCAGCAGUGUACUGUGAGUCGUCCAGGACUGGCCAUGAUUGCAGGAGCCCUGGCUGUGGAAUUGAUGGUUUCUGUUUUGCAGCAUCCAGAAGGGGGCUACGCCAUUGCCAGCAGCAGUGACGACCGCAUGAAUGAGCCUCCAACCUCUCUCGGGCUUGUGCCUCACCAGAUCCGGGGAUUUCUGUCACGGUUUGAUAAUGUCCUUCCUGUGAGCCUGGCAUUUGACAAAUGUACAGCUUGUUCUUCCAAAGUUCUUGAUCAAUAUGAACGAGAAGGAUUUCAUUUCUUAGCGAAGGUGUUUAAUUCUUCACAUUCCUUCUUAGAAGACUUGACAGGUCUUACAUUGCUGCAUCAAGAGACCCAAGCUGCUGAGAUCUGGGACAUGAGUGACGACGAGACCGUCUGACACAGCCCACCCUUGUGUGGACAACUUCUCCUGGCUGCCUGCUGAGGAGCUCUCAGUGGCCGGAGCAGGACUGCCACCCUAAGACUGGUGACUCUGGGUGGGCCCUGCUUCCCUUCCUCUCCAUACCUUGAGAACUGGGGCCCUCCCUUUGCUGCCCAGGAGCUUCUGGUGUUCAUUUCUGAUUCAUGAUCCUACCCGUUCUGAGCUAAAUAAUAACCUUGGCUUUGCAUUGCCAUCAACCUGGGA